ACUAUCAUAAAGAGGGGAAGGGGGAAAAGAGACAAUCUUGGCCAUGGGGAAUUGAUUUUGCAAAAUUAUGCAAAGACCCUUCUCUACCAAAUUAGUAUUAAAGCCACUGCUUCAAAAACCUUCCGCCAUAAUCUCAAUUCACAAUGCCUCGAAUUUUCAGCCAUGUUUCUCAGUCGAUGACCAAGCUCCUUCUACCGCCCUCCGAACGGCUCUUGCCGGCGGCGGCCACACCGCCGAGUUGGCUCUAGCCGAGGCCUUUCGGGCGCUCAAAUGCAACCCAAAUGGCUAUGCUUUGGUUCAACUGGUUCGAGCCUGCACGAGCCAUGCCUGGGAUUCCUGUGGCCACCAGCUUCACAGCUACAUUUUGCGAUCUGGGUUUGCUUCUAACGUCUUCGUGGGCACAGCCAUGGUCAAUUUCUACAUCAAAACUGAGUCCUUUGAUAGUGCCCAUAAGCUGUUUGAUGAAAUGCCUCAACCAAGUUUGGUUACUUGGAACUCCUUGAUCUCUGGUUAUGUUCGUUGUGGCCAGUUUCGCAAGGCUUUGUGUUUGUUUAUUCAGCUUGAUGGGUCUGAAAAUCUUGUGGAUUCAUAUUCUUUGUCUAUAGCUUUGAGUGCCUCUGGUCAUCUGGGUUGGCUGAUAUUGGGGCAGUCGAUUCAUUCAAAAGUUGUAAAGCUUGGUUUGGAAGACAAUACCGUUGUUGCUAAUUGUUUGAUUGACAUGUAUGGAAAAUGCGAGUCUUUUGAAGGGGCAGUUGAAGUGUUUAAUGACAUGAUAGGUAAGGAUACAAUUUCAUGGAAUUCAGUUAUUGCAGCCAGUGCUAGAAACAGAAGGCUAGAACAGGCAUCGAGAUAUUUGCAACUAAUGCCUCGACCCGAUACUAUAUCAUUUAAUGAACUAAUAAAUGGUUAUGCUCAAUUUGGAGAUAUUGAAUAUGCUGUAGAAAUUCUAUCAAAGAUGGAUAGUCCAAACUCUUCAUCUUGGAAUGCAGUGUUAACAGGAUAUGUUGAUAGGGAUGAAACGUGGAAAGCUCUGAGUUUCUUCACUAAAAUGCACUCUUGCGAUGUUGGGAUGGAUCAAUUCACAUUUUCAAGCAUUUUGAGUGGCGUUGCAGGGCUCUCGGCAUUGGAAUGGGGUUUGGCGAUCCAUUGUUGCAUUACUAAAUGUGGUUUAGAUACCUCGACUGUUGUUGGCAGCGCCCUAAUCAAUAUGUACUCAAAAUGUGGGCAUGUGAACUCUGCUGAAAUUAUAUUUCAGUCGUUGCCCAAGAAGAACUUGGUAUCUUGGAAUGCAAUGAUCUCAGGUUUGGCUCACAAUGGCAAAACAAUGGAAGUGAUCCGUCUUUUUGAGAAGCUAAAGAAGACGAAAGAUGUAAAGCCUGAUAACAUCACAUUUCUCUACAUUCUACCAUCAUGUUCAGAUAAUCAAGUUCCACUGGAAGCCACAAUGCAGUGCUUCAAAUCAAUGGUUGAGGAUUAUGGUAUCAAACCAACUAUUGAGCAUUGUUGUACUAUGGUUAGGCUAAUGGGACAGAGAGGGGAUGUUCAUGGAAGCAAGAGGCUAAUACAUGAAUUAGGGUUUGAUUCGAGUGGAUCAGUUUGGCGAGCUCUUCUGGGUGCUUGUGGCGUUUUGAGGGAUUUAAAAUUAGCAAAGGUAGCAGCAGCAAAAGUAAUAGUGUUAGGGGCUGCUGAUGAUUACGUAUAUGUUAUGCUGUCUAACAUAUUUGCAUCCCAUGGAAAAUGGAGAGAUGUGAAAUUAGUUAGGGAGUUGAUGAGUAAGAAAGGGUUUAGAAAAGAAACUGGAUAUAGUUGGUUGAUUGAGAUGGAAAACGAAAUUUUUUUAUCAAAUUAGUUCAUUUUGAACAACUUUUAAAACAAAGGAUUUUGUUUGCAUAAGCUUCCAAGAUUUUCUAUAGAGAUUUGGCUAUUAAUGGAUACAACCCAACUACAAUUUUCCUUUGAGUUCAAUUGACGUUAGCACAACACAGCUAAGAUUUUGCUGAGUUCAUGUUAGGUCAAUAGAACAUAACUAUAAAUUUUCUUUAAACCUUUGACAAUCAAGCAUGUACGAUGAUGGACGAGCUAAGAACAUAAUAUCUAGUUCAACACAUUAGGUGAAUAGAACAAAACUAAAAACUUUCUUUCAACCUUUGACAAUCAAGUACCUUGAUGACGAACAAGCUAAAAUGAUCUCUUAUACAAGAUCAUUUCCAACAAACCCCAUCAAAUAUCUUAAGUUAUAGUACAGAACAUGGCAGGCCUCAUUUUCUUAGUUGCUAAACAGAUCCCAUUUGUCUUCAAGAUAUACCAAAAGACAAGAAAAUAAUAUGAUGUGUAUCUCAAUAAAUAAUAAACGUACAUAUUGAAUGUAUGACAAAGAUCAAACAUUUAUAACCCACAACAAUGGCAAAAUAUGAUUUCCUAAGUUGCCAUGAGAACUAGAAUCACUAUAUUUUUAUUUCAACACAAUCUGUCGUCUGGAUGAAUCAAAAUUAGUUAACGAGCAGUAUUCGUGACAGUUCAUAAAAGAAAUCCUCUAAACCAUUACUGAUAUCCCCUUGUCACUGCAACAAUCUGCCAAAAAAAGUCACCUUGGAACGGAUAAACCUAACUCUGCA